GCUGCUGCUGGCGAAAGAGGAUUGGGCUGCUCUUCAGAGACACACGAACAGUUUGCUUUUAAGCGGGAGAGGGCAGGGACAGGGAGCAAUUGCUGUGUUUUGGCGUGCUUGUCAACGUACAAAGUGGUUUACACCUCCCCACCCCUCUCAAGGAACGCCACCACCACCCUGUGAGGUAGAUCAGGCAGGACGGCAGGGACACCCAGUGUGUUGGGUGGCAGAGCGAGGGAACCGCAUCUAGUCCUCCUCUCUCCGUGUCGUUCCUCCAGUCAGCCCACCAGUGCUGCUCUCUCCCUGAAUUGGCCCGUCGCGUCUGCCCGGAAAAGAAGCGUCCCCCCCUUGAGGAACCCAGAAGGCGCCUCUCCUGCUCUUCCUUCUCUGAGGAGUGAUGAAAGGCUGCGAGAAGGCUGCUGGCUUGCCUUGGGCUUUGGUGUGUGCGCGCUCGCUGCUGCUGCUGCUGUGCCGUUCAAGUCUCCUUCCCCUCUCUGUGGGAAGGGAUGGUUGAGUCCAGCAGCAGCUGCGGCGGCAGCCUCAGCAGCUCCUUCUGCUUCUAGCAGCCUGUCAGCUUGCCGCGCUCUGUGCUCGGCUCUCGCCUCUUCCCCGUCUUCUCCUCGCCCUCGCGCUCCUCAUCCUGACAGGAGACAGGACCCGCUCUUCUCGCCUCCUGCCUCUGCUGCCGUCGCCGCCUGCUCCAGUCUCCUCUGGCCCCUCGCUCCCUCUCUCUUGAUGCCUGGCCGCGGCUCGUCGUCGUCGUCGGGCUGCUGGUGGCUUUGCCCUGCCUCAGAGGAGCCGCUGGCUGGGCUUUAACUGGAGGCUAUUCUUUCAGCGCGCUCAACCCCGCAGUGGCUCGCCGGCACUUGAUGCUAUGAGAAGAAGCGCGGAGGCAACCAGUCCUGCAGGAGGCGUCGAAUGCUGCUGCUGCGCCGCCGCUGCCACUCGCGGCACCUGGAGCUUCUCUCGCUGCUGCCGCCGCCGCCGCCGCCUUCUCCGCCUUGCUUUGCCCUUUGGUGAUUCUUUGGCACUGGCCUCAGUCCCUUUGGCGCUUCGGGCAAGGGCGGGAGCCCGCACUCGCAGCUGAGAGGCGCCCCUGCGAGCUCUUCUCCCCCCCCCCCCGCCCGGCUCUCCCCACCACUUCAGCCUGUCUCCUGUUAGCGCUCGCUCCCUCUCUAUCUAUGUGUGUGGAAUAACUGCAGACAUGACUGCGUGGAGGCAAUUGAAGGCUCUGCUGGUGGUGCUCUGCGCGGGGCUCCUCACUGCAGCUCAGGGUCAGAACUGUGGAGGUUUAGUACAGGGUCCAAAUGGUACAAUAGAAAGCCCCGGAUUUCCUCAUGGCUAUCCAAAUUAUGCCAAUUGCACAUGGAUCAUUAUCACAGGAGAGCGUAACAGGAUACAAUUAUCAUUUCACACUUUUGCCCUUGAAGAAGAUUUUGAUAUUUUGUCUGUUUAUGAUGGCCAGCCACAACAAGGAAACCUAAAAGUGAGGCUUUCAGGAUUCCAGCUGCCAUCAUCUAUCGUGAGCACAGGUUCUAUUCUCACUCUCUGCUUCACAACUGACUUUGCUGUGAGUGCCCAAGGUUUCAAGGCUAUAUAUGAAGUGCUACCUAGCCAUACCUGUGGCAACCCUGGGGAAAUACCGAAAGGAGUUCUUCAUGGCACAAGAUUCAAUAUUGGAGACAAAAUUCGGUACAGCUGUAUCUCAGGCUAUAUCCUGGAAGGCCAUGCUAUGUUGACAUGUAUUAUGAGUCCUGGAAAUGGAGCAUCAUGGGAUUUUCCAGUUCCAUUUUGCAGAGCUGAAGGUGCUUGUGGGGGAACUCUCCGUGGGACGAGUGGGAUUAUUUCAAGUCCUCACUUUCCUUCAGAGUAUGAUAAUAAUGCUGAUUGUACAUGGACCAUUCUGGCUGAGCCAGGAGAUACAAUUGCUCUGGUUUUUACGGAUUUCCAGCUAGAGGAAGGCUAUGAUUUCCUAGAGAUCAGUGGAACUGAAGCACCAUCUAUAUGGUUGACUGGCAUGAAUCUACCCUCUCCUGUUAUCAGCAGCAAAAAUUGGUUACGGCUCCAUUUCACUUCUGACAGUAAUCACAGACGGAAAGGAUUUAAUGCCCAGUUUCAAGUUAAAAAGGCAAUUGAAUUGAAAUCGAGAGGAGUCAAGAUGCUGCCUAAUAAAGAUAGCAACCACAAGAAUUCUGUCUUGAGUCAAGGUGGGGAUGCAGUUGCAUCUGACACAUGUCCUGAUCCAGGUGUUCCUGAAAAUGGGAAAAGAACAGGUUUGGAUUUUAGGGUUGGUGCUAAUGUUCAGUUCACCUGUGAUGACAAUUAUGUGCUCCAAGGUACGAAAAGCAUCACUUGUCAAAAGGUGACAGAUACUCUGGCUGCCUGGAGUGACCAUCGGCCAAUUUGUCGUGCUAGAACAUGUGGCUCCAACCUACGUGGACCAAGUGGUAUUAUCACAUCUCCCAAUUAUCCAGUUCAGUAUGAAGACAAUGCACAUUGUGUGUGGGUUAUAACAACGCUUGAUCCAGAAAAGGUCAUAAAGCUUGCCUUUGAAGAAUUUGAGCUGGAAAGAGGGUAUGACACACUUACUGUAGGAGAUGCUGGGAAAGUAGGAGAUACCAGAACAGUGCUGUAUGUGCUCACUGGUUCUAGUGUUCCUGACCUUAUUGUGAGCAUGAGUAACCAGAUGUGGCUCCAUUUGCAGUCUGAUGACAGCAUUGGCUCACCUGGAUUCAAAGCUGUUUAUCAAGAAAUAGAGAAAGGUGGAUGUGGUGAUCCAGGAAUUCCAUCCUAUGGAAAGAGGACUGGCAGUAGUUUUCUUCAUGGAGAUACUCUUACUUUUGAAUGUCAAGCAGCAUUUGAACUUGUGGGAGAGAGAGUGAUCACAUGCCAACAAAAUAACCAGUGGUCUGGCAACAAACCCAGCUGUGUUUUUUCAUGUUUCUUCAACUUCACAACACCUUCAGGAAUUAUUCUUUCGCCAAACUAUCCCGAGGAGUAUGGAAACAAUAUGAAUUGUGUGUGGCUAAUUAUUUCAGAGCCAGGAAGUAGAAUACAUCUAAUUUUCAAUGACUUUGAUGUGGAGCCCCAGUUUGACUACUUGACAGUGAAAGAUGAUGGGAUUUCAGACUUACCAGCACUUGGCACUUUUUCUGGCAAUGAAGUGCCUUCUCAAAUAGCUAGCAAUGGGCACAUAGUACGCCUUGAAUUUCAGUCAGAUCACUCUACUACUGGAAGAGGCUUCAAUAUCUCAUACACUACAUUUGGUCAGAAUGAGUGCCAUGAUCCAGGAAUUCCCAUAAAUGGAAGACGGUUUGGAGACAGAUUUCUUCUGGGAAGUUCUGUUUCUUUUCAUUGUGAUGAUGGUUUUGUAAAAACCCAGGGCUCAGAGACCAUAACUUGUGUUAUGCAGGAUGGAAAUGUUGUGUGGAGUUCAACUGUUCCACGCUGUGAAGCACCAUGUGGUGGCCAUCUGACAGCAUCCAGUGGAGUCAUCUUGCCACCAGGAUGGCCAGGCUACUAUAAAGAUUCAUUAAACUGUGAAUGGGUAAUUGAAGCAAGGCAAGGACACUCUAUUAAGAUCACCUUUGAUAAAUUCCAGACAGAAGUAAAUUAUGAUACACUGGAAGUCAGAGAUGGCCCAACUAGCUCAUCCCCAUUAAUUGGGGAAUACCAUGGUACCCAAGCACCACAGUUUCUUAUUAGUACUGGCAAUUACAUGUAUCUGCUAUUCAAUACAGAUAAUAGUCGUUCUAGUGUUGGCUUCUUAAUUCACUAUGAAAGUGUUACACUGGAAUCAGAUUCCUGCCUUGACCCCGGGAUUCCUGUGAAUGGCUAUCGGCAUGGUAAUAAUUUCAAUAUUCGAUCUACAGUGACAUUCAGCUGUGAUCCAGGUUAUACUCUUAGCGAUGAUGAACCACUUGUAUGUGAAAGAAAUCAUCAGUGGAACCAUGCACUACCUAGCUGUGAUGCUCUAUGUGGUGGCUAUAUUCAUGGGAGAAGUGGAACUGUUCUUUCACCAGGUUUUCCUGAUUUUUAUCCAAAUUCUUUAAACUGCACGUGGACAAUUGAGGUUUCUCAUGGCAAGGGUGUACAGCUAGCCUUUCACACCUUUCACCUGGAGAGUUCCCAUGACUAUUUGCUGAUCACUGAAGAUGGAAGCUUCACAGAACCUGUGGCCAGAUUAACUGGGUCUGUCUUGCCUCCUACCAUUAAAGCUGGACUGUUUGGAAACUUUACUGCACAACUUCGGUUCAUUUCUGAUUUUUCCAUUUCUUAUGAAGGCUUCAAUAUAACAUUUUCAGAAUACGAGUUGGAGCCCUGUGAUGAUCCUGGUGUUCCUGCCUUCAGUCGAAGAAUAGGAUUCUAUUUUGGGGUUGGAGAUGCCUUAACAUUCUCCUGCUUUCCUGGGUAUCGUUUGGAAGGUGCGAACAAGCUUACCUGCCUUGGAGGCGGCCGUCGUAUAUGGAGUGCACCUCUGCCAAGGUGUGUGGCUGAAUGUGGAGCAAGUGUCUCUGGACAUGAAGGAACACUGCUGUCUCCCAAUUUUCCAUCUAAUUAUGACAACAACCAUGAAUGCAUCUAUAAAAUUGAAACGGAACCUGGGAAAGGGAUCCAUCUGAGAGCCAGAACCUUUCAGCUCCAUGAAGGAGAUACUGUUAAGGUAUAUGAUGGGAAAGACAGCUCAUCACGUCUCUUGGGGACCUUUACAAAAAAUGAAAUGCUAGGACUCAUUCUCAAUAGUACCUCUAACCACUUCUGGAUAGAAUUUAAUACCAAUGGAUCAGAUACAGGCCAAGGAUUUCAGCUCACAUAUACAAGCUUUGAUUUAGUGAAAUGUGAAGAUCCUGGAAUACCAAAUUAUGGCUACAAGAUCCGGGAUGAGGGGCAUUACACGGACACAGUUAUUUUAUACAGUUGUAAUCCAGGCUACACAAUGCAUGGCAGUAGUAGUAUUACCUGCUUAAGUGGAGAUCGAAGAGUGUGGGACAAACCUUUGCCUACCUGCUUAGCUGAGUGUGGUGGACAAAUCCAUGCUGCUAUUUCAGGUCGCAUAUUAUCUCCAGGUUAUCCGGCUCCAUAUGACAAUAAUCUUCAUUGUACUUGGAUUAUAGAAGCAGACCCAGGGAGAACAAUUAGCCUACAUUUUAUUGUUUUUGACUCUGAGGUGGCUCACGACAUCCUAAAAGUGUGGGACGGCCCUGUUGAAAGCAGUAUCCUCUUGAAAGAGUGGAGUGGGUCAGCCCUUCCUGAAGAUAUUUAUAGCACUUUCAACUCUCUGACCUUACAGUUUGACAGUGAUUUCUUCAUCAGCAAAUCAGGCUUUUCUAUACAGUUCUCAACAUCAAUUGCGUCAACUUGUAAUGAUCCUGGGACACCGCAGAAUGGUAGCAGAUAUGGAGACAGCAGAGAGCCUGGAGAUACUAUCACCUUCCAGUGUGACCCAGGGUAUCAGCUCCAAGGGAAGGAGAAAAUUACUUGUGUGCAGCUGAAUAAUCGAUUCUUUUGGCAGCCUGAUGCUCCUACAUGUAUAGCUGCAUGUGGUGGAAACCUUACAGGCCCUGCAGGUGUUAUUUUAUCACCAAACUACCCACAGCCAUAUCCUCCUGGGAAAGAAUGUGACUGGAGAGUCAAAGUGAACCCUGAUUUUGUCAUUGCCUUGAUAUUCAAAAGUUUUAACAUGGAGCCCAGUUAUGAUUUUUUGCAUAUUUAUGAAGGAGAAGAUUCCAACAGUCCUCUAAUUGGCAGUUAUCAAGGCUCCCAGGCACCUGAAAGAAUAGAGAGCAGUGGUAAUAGCUUAUUUCUGGCAUUUCGUAGUGAUGCUUCCGUUGGCAUGUCAGGAUUUGCCAUUGAAUAUAAAGAAAAACCACGGGAAGCUUGUUUUGAUCCUGGCAACAUAAUGAAUGGAACUAGAAUUGGAGCAGACUUUAAACUUGGAUCAAGCAUUACUUACCAGUGUGACUCUGGAUACAAGAUUAUUGAUCCUUCCACUAUCACCUGUGUUAUUGGUGCUGAUGGAAAACCUGCAUGGAACAGAGUUUUACCGUCUUGUAAUGCUCCUUGUGGGGGCCAGUAUAUUGGAUCAGAUGGAGUGGUUUUAUCACCAAAUUACCCUCAUAAUUACACUGCUGGGCAGACGUGUCAAUAUUCAAUUACUGUCCCUAAGGAAUUUGUUGUUUUUGGACAAUUUGCCUAUUUCCAAACAGCUCUAAAUGAUGUAGUAGAAUUAUUUGAUGGAGAACACCAACAGGCUAGACUUUUGAGUUCACUUUCUGGAUCUCACUCAGGAGAAACCUUGCCUUUAGCCACAUCCAAUCAGAUUCUGUUGCGUUUUAGUGCCAAGAGUGGGGCAUCUGCCAGAGGCUUCCAUUUUGUCUAUCAAGCGGUUCCACGCACAAGUGAUACACAAUGCAGCUCCGUUCCAGAGCCACGAUAUGGUAGGCGGAUUGGCUCUGAAUUUUCUGCAGGUUCUGUGGUUCGCUUUGAAUGUAGUCCUGGCUAUCUUCUGCAAGGCUCCAAAGCUAUCCGCUGCCAGUCUGUGCCCAAUGCUUUAGCCCAGUGGAAUGACACAGUGCCAAGCUGUGUGGUGCCAUGCAGUCGGAAUUUCACUGAACGGAGGGGUACUUUAUUGUCUCCAGGCUAUCCUGAACCUUAUGGUAACAGCUUGAAUUGUGUGUGGAAAAUCAUAGUGACUGAGGGAUCAGGUAUUCAGAUUCAGGUCAUAAGCUUUGCCACUGAACAUAAUUGGGACUCUCUUGAGAUCUAUGAUGGUGGUGAUAUGACAGCACCAAGACUUGGGAGUUUUUCAGGUACCACAGUACCAGCAUUGCUGAACAGCACUUCCAAUCAACUUUACCUGCACUUUCACUCUGACAUUAGCGUGGCAGCUGCUGGCUUUCACUUGGAAUACAAAACUGUAGGCCUUGCUGCCUGCCCAGAGCCAGUAAUUCCUAGCAAUGGAUUCAAAAUGGGAGAUAGAUAUAUGGUGAAUGAUGUUUUGUCAUUUCAGUGUGAGCCAGGAUACACCUUACAGGGUCGUUCUCAUAUUUCUUGUAUGCCUGGAACAGUUCGGCGUUGGAACUAUCCUUCCCCUCUCUGUAUUGCUAAAUGUGGUGGAACACUGACAAACAUGGCUGGAGUAAUCCUGAGCCCAGGUUUCCCAGGAAACUAUCCUAGUAACUUAGGCUGCACGUGGAAGAUACUGUUACCUGUUGGAUAUGGGGCACACAUACAAUUUCUGAACUUUUCCAGCGAAGCUAACCAUGACUUCCUUGAAAUUCAGAAUGGGCCUUAUCACACCAGUUCUGUCAUUGGGCAGUUCAGUGGAACAGACCUCCCGCCAUCUUUGUUAAGCACAACUCAUGAAACUCUCAUCCAUUUUUAUAGUGACCAUUCAGAAAAUCGGCAAGGAUUUAAACUUUCAUAUCAAGCAUAUGAAUUACAAAAUUGCCCAGAUCCUCCUCCUUUUUUCAAUGGAUAUAUAAUAAAUUCAGAUUAUAGUGUAGGUCAAUCUAUAUCUUUUGAGUGCUAUCCUGGAUAUGUAUUGAUUGGUCGUCCUGUUCUCACUUGCCACCAUGGGAUCAACAGAAACUGGAACUAUCCUUUCCCAAAGUGUGAAGCUCCUUGUGGCUAUAACGUCACAUCUCAGAAUGGCACUGUGUAUUCCCCAGGAUUUCCAGAUGAAUACCCAAAUUCAAAAGAUUGUAUGUGGCUUAUUACUGUACCCCAAGGCCAUGGAAUCUAUAUAAAUUUCACCUUACUCCAAACAGAACUAGUGAAUGACUACAUUGCAGUUUGGGAUGGCCCAGACCAAAAUUCACCUCAGCUGGGUGUGUUCAGCGGGAAUACAGCUCUUGAGACAGCUUAUAGCUCAAGCAAUCAAGUCCUCCUCAAGUUUCAUAGUGAUUUCUCCACUGGAGGGUUCUUUGUUCUCAAUUUUCAUGCAUAUCAGCUUAAGAAGUGCCAGCCUCCACCAGCAGUUCCGCAGGCUGAAAUGUUUACAGAAGAUGAUGAUUUCGAAAUAGGAGACUUUGCCAAAUACAAGUGCCAUCCUGGCUAUACCUUGGUUGGAAGUGACAUGAUGUUCUGUAAACUUAAAGCACAACUCCAGUUUGAAGGUUCUCCUCCAUCUUGUGAAGCACAGUGCCCAGCAAAUGAAGUCCGUACAGAUUCUUCUGGAGUAAUCCUCAGUCCAGGUUAUCCGGGCAAUUACCCCAAUUCCCAGACUUGUGCAUGGACUCUUAAAGUUGAACCAAGUUAUAACAUCUCCAUUUUUGUAGAAACAUUUCAAAGUGAAAAACAAUUUGAUGAGCUGGAAAUAUUUGAUGGUUCUUCUGGACAAAGCCCUUUGCUGGUUGCUUUGAGCGGAAAUCAUACUGGACAACUUAACUACACAAGCAAAUCCAACCAGUUGUAUCUGCGCUGGUCAACUGACCAUGCAACCAGUAAGAAAGGAUUCAAGAUACGUUAUUCAGCUCCUUACUGCAGCUUAAACCAUGUUGUAAAGAAUGGUGGAAUCGUAAAUAAAACAAGGAGUACAGUUGGCAGCAUAGUUCACUAUUAUUGUAAACCUGGAUACAGAUUAAUUGGCCACAUCAAUGCAACCUGUAGACAUCAUCCAAAUGGCAUGUACCUGUGGGAUUUCCCUGUUCCUCUCUGCCAAGCUGUAUCCUGUGGUAUUCCAGAAUCUCCCGGAAAUGGUUCAGUCUGGGGUAAUGAGUUUAUUUUGGGCAGCAGAGUGAUAUAUGAAUGUAAUGAAGGCUUCAAGCUAGAAUCUAGUCAACAAGCUACAGCAGUGUGUCAGGAAGAUGGAUUAUGGAGCAAUAAAGGAAGGCCACCUGUCUGUAAACCUGUGACUUGCCCCAGCAUUGAAACUCUGCUCUCAGAACACGUUGUCUGGAGACUGAUUUUUGGGUCGGUGAAUGAGUUUGGCGCACAAGUCAUGCUGAGCUGUAGCCCUGGCUAUUAUUUAGAGGGUCAGAGACUCAUGCUGUGUAAACCUAAUGGAACAUGGGGUGAUGCUGAUGAGAGACCAAUGUGUCAGGUUAUCUCCUGUGGAAGUCUUCCGUCUCCACCAAAUGGUAAUAAAAUUGGCACUCUGACUGUUUAUGGAGCCACAGCCAUCUUCACCUGUAACACUGGAUAUACAUUAGUUGGUUCUCACGUGCGAGAAUGCUUAGCGAAUGGACUUUGGAGUGGCACUGAAACACAGUGUCUCGCUGGACACUGUGGUUCUCCGGAUCCAAUUGUAAAUGGCCACAUUAGUGGGGAUGGCUUCAGUUAUCGUGACACUGUGGUGUACCAGUGUAAUCCUGGAUUUCGACUUGUUGGCACAUCUGUUCGGAUAUGCUUGCAAGAUCAUAAAUGGUCUGGGCAAACACCAGUUUGUGUCUCAAUCACAUGUGGCCAUCCUGGCAACCCUGCUCAUGGAGUGACAAAUGGCAGUGAAUUCAAUUUGAAUGAUGUUGUCAACUUUACCUGCAAUACUGGAUAUUUACUUCAGGGUGUUUCCCAAGCACAGUGCCGAAGCAAUGGACAGUGGAGUAGCUCCUUACCUGCUUGUCGAGUGGUGAACUGUUCAGAUCCAGGUUUUGUGGAAAAUGCCGUUCGUCAUGGGCAGCAAAAUUUCCCUGAAUCAUUCAGAUACGGAAUCAGUGUGGUAUACCACUGCAAGAAAGGAUUUUAUCUUCUAGGAUCAGCUGCUCUGACCUGUAAGGCUAAUGGUUUAUGGGACAGAUCACUUCCCAAAUGUUUGCUGAUAUCUUGUGGACACCCUGGAGUUCCAGCCAAUGCAAUUCUAUCAGGAGACAAAUUUACAUAUGGAUCUCUAGUUCACUACUCUUGCGCAGGAAGUCGAACUCUCAUAGGAAACUUUAGCAGAGUGUGCCAAGAAAACAGCCGCUGGAGUGGAACUCUCCCGCAUUGCUCAGGAAACAACCCUGGAUAUUGUGAUGACCCUGGAGUGCCAUCUCAUGGAAGUAGGCUUGGUGAUGAAUUCAAGAUAAAAAGUCUACUGCGUUUCUCCUGUGAAAUGGGUUAUCAGCUGAGAGGUUCCUCAGAAAGAACAUGUCUGCUUAAUGGAUCUUGGUCUGGUUUGCAGCCAGUGUGCGAAGCUGUAUCUUGUGGAAAUCCUGGAACACCAGCCAAUGGCAAGAUCAUCUUCAGUGAUGGGAUUUCGUUCUCCAGCUCAGUCAUCUAUGCCUGUUGGGAAGGUUACAAGACGUCAGGGCUAACUACUCGCCAUUGUACAGCCAAUGGGACAUGGACCGGCAGUGCCCCAGACUGCACAGUGAUCAGUUGUGGAGACCCAGGUGAAUUAGCAAAUGGCAUUCAGUUCGGAAAUGAGUUCACUUUUAAUAAGACAGUAAUUUAUCAGUGCAAUCCAGGGUAUCUGAUGGAACCUCUUGGUGCAUCCACUAUAUGCUGUACCAAAGAUGGCACCUGGAACCAGAGCAAACCCAUCUGCAAAGCCAUCACAUGUGGCCCACCUCCCCAGGUGCUGUAUGGAAAGGUGGAAGGAUCUGAUUUCCAUUGGGGAUCAAGUAUAAGUUACAGCUGUACUGAUGGGUACCACCUUUCCAAUUCUGCCAUCAUUUCAUGUGAAGGACGAGGGCUAUGGAGGGGAGACAUCCCACAGUGUCUGCCUGUCUUUUGUGGAGAGCCUGGUAUUCCAGCUGAGGGGAGAAUCAAUGGUAAAAGUUUCACCUACAGAUCUGAAGUAUCUUUUCAGUGCAGAUCACCGUUAAUACUGAUAGGAACUUCAAGAAGAAUUUGCCAAGCAGAUGGUAGUUGGAGUGGAAUUCAGCCAACAUGCAUUGAUCCUGCUCAUAACAGUUGCCCAGACCCUGGUACGCCACAUUAUGGCAUACAAAACAGUUCUAGAGGAUAUGAGGUUGGGAGCAGAGUCUUUUUCAGAUGUAGAAAGGGUUAUCAUAUUCAGGGCUCUACAACACGAAGUUGUCUGGCAAACUUAACAUGGAGUGGUAUACAGCCUGAAUGCAUUCCUCAUUCUUGCAGGCAGCCAGAGACUCCAGCAAAUGUAGAUGUGAAAGCGAUAGAUCUUCCUACUUUAGGCUACACUCUGGUGUAUACCUGUCAGCCAGGAUUUUUUCUUGCUGGUGGCUCAGAACAUCGGACAUGUAAGCCAGAUAUGAAAUGGACAGGAAAGUCACCUGUUUGUAAAAGUAAAGGAGUGAGAGAAGUUAAUGAAACAAUAACUAAAACUCCAGUUCCUUCAGAUGUAUUUUUUAUAAAUUCAUUGUGGAAGGGCUUUUAUGAGCAUCAAGGGAAAAGGUAUCCUGCAACUCUAACUGUUGACUGGUUCAAUGCUACAAGCAGUAAAGUGAAUGCCACAUUCCUUGAAACAUCCAGCACACAACUAAAACUAUCAGGUGUUUACAAGAAAGAAGAAGCCCAUUUGCUUUUGAAAGUUUAUCGAAUUAAAAAUCCUAGAGAGGGUUUUGCAAGCAAGCUUGAAAAUGACAAGUGGGCACUAGAUGGCUAUGUGUCAUCGGGGCUUGAAAGAGGCAUCUUCACUUAUCAAGGUGACAUACAUGGAAAAGACUUUGGGAAAUUUAUGCUCCAAAGACAAAGUCCUUUGAGGGUGGACACAGAUCACCCCAAUCAUUACUAUGGCACAAACAGCAGUUCUGUUGCAGCUGCCAUCCUGGUACCCUUCUUUGCUCUAAUAUUAUCAGGGUUUGCAUUUUACCUCUACAAACACAGAACAAGACCAAAAGUACAGUAUAAUGGCUAUGCUGGACAUGAAAACAGCAAUGGACAGGCAUCAUUUGAAAACCCUAUGUAUGAUACAAACUUAAAACCCACAGAGGCAAAAGCUGUGCGGUUUGACACAACUCUGAACACAGUUUGUACAGUGGUAUAGCCUUCAGUGCCCAAUUUGACUGAUUCAUAGCCAUACCUCUGAUGGACAAGCAGUAAUUCCUUUGGUGCCAUAUACCAGUUUCCCUUCUCCUCUUGGCUUCGCUGCUGUAAUCUUUAACAUCUCCUAUCAGCAUAGAUGCAGCAAGGCUUUCUGAUAAAAUGUCAGUCCUCUGGGGAAUCAAGACCAAGAUAAUUUAUUCGUCUCAAAGGUGGAUUUGAAAUACCUGGAUGCACUUGCUCCAAAUCAAGGCACAUUUUGAAGGAAGACUGCCAAGUCAUAUUCAUCUGUCAUAUUUAAAUGCCUCAGACUUUCACAUUUGUAUGUGGCUGGAUGCCUUUCAAUGCAAUCUUCUGGGCACUUGGAUCACUCCUUUGGGUACUGUGACAAACAAUAGCACCAUAAAGUAUCCCCAGGAAUAAGAAUAUUCAGGAGGAGAUUUUUUUAAAGAAAGGAAGGAAGAAAGAAGACGCUUUCUUGAAGGAGAAGACAACUUCCGUAGGGGCAGGGGGCUGCACACAUCUACAAAAUGCUUUACCAUUGAAAUCUUGUUAGCAGAACAGAUCUACAGUAUAUCUCAGAUGUUCAUACAUAAAGCAGUCUGCAAACUUCCUAGUCAGCUGUUGUAUUGCAAAAUAUUAAUGCACAAUUUUUUGCACUAGUGUGGUAUGAAUGGCUGAGUAAGAUACUGGUGUUUUUUUUAAAAAAAACUAUACAGGGUUUAUACGCACUAUUCAUUGUAUAUAAGCAUUUACUUGUCUUUUUUUCUUUUCCUUUUUUUUCCUUUUUUGGUCCAGUGAAACUUUCCAUGAUAAUUUGACCUAGUGUGCAUGUUAAACAAUACACCUUUUACUUAGUCCUUGUUGGGUAACAUGCUCAUGAAAAGAAUAUAUUUCAGUUUAUUUUCUCUGUAGACACCAGUAUAAAUUGCCAGAUGGGGGUGGGGGGAAAUUCCAUGUUUACAAAUCUUCAUUUCUAGUGUUUUUCCCCAUCUGACAUCAUUCAUUAUUGUCAGCAUCAUACUCUAUAACAGCAGGGGGGUCAGGCAGCUACUGCUGCUUGCCAUGUACAAAAUGUGAAUAGUAAUUUAUUUUAGAUAGCUCAUAAAGCCUGUGGGCUAGUGCCCAUAAUAUAGUCUUCCCUUUUGCAUUUGUUUUCCUUUUCUUUUUUUCCUGUGACGUGACAUCAUUUUUGGAUGUUACAUCGAACUUCAAAAUGCAUUGCAGUAGCACCUGUGAAGUCCAGCCACAUUCUCCAUAGCAAUUUACCACUGCAACCAUUACACUUUUCCAUGGGGUAUAUAUGUGUGUGUGUGUGUGAAUGUCUUUGCUACAUUUUUAACCAAUACUGCUUAAUGCUUUUGUAAUCACACAGCUUGACAGAGAAAGUUUGAGAUUUUGAAUUACUCUUGAGAACAAUGCAGUGAGGGGAGCCAAUUUCGUCACAAAACAAAAAUGGGACAUGACAAAACUGGCAAGCAGUUAAACCAUAUAAGCCUUUUACUUGUACCAGUUCAUGGAGAGUCAACCUGCGGCAGAGGUGCCCCUAGUGGAGUCUGAAGGAGUCUGUGGCAUUAGGGACAAGAGUGGCUAUAGGUCAGGCUGUGGCAUUGUCAAGCCCUGCCUAACUCUCAAGCGUUGUGCUGCUGCCUACUCCUCAGCUCAGGAGACUAGAUUCAGAACAAGACCUGCAUACUGUAGUAGGCACGAGAGUGGAUCAUACUUUAGACUUCGCUUGUGGUACACUUGCCAAAAAGGUUGGCCACAACUCUGUUGGUUUCCUCAACUAUAGUGAGUUCACAGUGUACAUUCAGUUUUAGGCUGCAAUCCUGUGGACAGUUAGUUGUGUGAAGCUUUGCAGAAAUCCCAUUGCUAUGGCUUCAUUUCUACAAUGGGACUUUCCCAUUGAAGGGACUUCAGCACACAUAGCUUGUUCACUGGAUUGUUGUUUUAUAGUAUGGUAUAGUUUGUACCAUCAUAGCAUGAUUCAAUGAAAUCGCACUGAUAUAUUUCUGUUGGCAUCAGUGGGAUGAUAGCAUUGUAUGUUUAAAUGGAUUUUGCCCCCUAACAUUAAACAAAUACCCUUUUAUAAAUCUCUUGGAUUCUGAUACCCAAACUUGCUUAAAGUUAGGAUAGGCCAGGAUCCAAAUAACAGCACAACAGUUUUGCCUGCCCAAGACAACUCUGAGCUUCUGUUUCUUGUACAGCACCCCCUUGUGCCAGAUGGGAAACCAUUUUGUAAUGAAGGGGACUUUUAAAAACAGAUUGUGAUAUUCAAAGGCGGAAACACUGAAAAUCUCCUGGGCAGACCCAAGUCCUUGGGGAUGCCCAAAAUAGCUCUUUGGAUCCUGGCCAUAAUUUUAAAAAUAAGUUUUUCUUUUUAGGAAAAUGUAUUCCCUGUGGGAGAGUUUAGUGAUUACACAAACACCAAAAAUAAACAUUAGCAGAAUAUUUCUCAGUUUAUGUUAAAAAGCAAGAAAGAGUUUGCCGGGCAAUCUUUGAUCAAAAUAGAAAAUUCUCUAUAGUGUUGAUGGAAGAUACCAGCAAUAUCAGUAUAUUUCGAGUGAAGAGGGGAAAUAUUUAAUAUGAUGAACCUAGGAGAUGUCUGGACAUUCUUUGCUUUGCUUUGUUGGAAGUAACUUUUUAUUAUACCACAUACGUUUACAGUUUUAUAUGAUAUACAACAGAUUUUUUUUCAUUCUGUGAAAGGACAACAGUGACCAGAUAAAAUUGUCUACAUUUCCUGAUGUUUUGCAUCCUAGAUGGCUUGCACUGUUGUCCACUAAAGAAGGAGAAACUUUGAAAUGCUGCCUCUGGAGUCACUUUAUUUUAAUAUUAGUGAUGGCAGAAGUAACCAAAGUCAUUCAGACAAGUACAAAAUUAUGAUAAAUAAUGGAUUUUUAAAAUCCUUACCCUGCCUGCGUGUGAGUAUAAGGAAUACUUUUAAAAUAGAGCAUUGUUAUCAGCAUAUGUUCUGAUUCAAAUAUCCAUGUGCACUCGUGUGCACAUGGAAUUCUUGUAUAUGUGGGGAGCCUCAUUCAUGACAAUAGUCUGAGCUAUGCAUGCAGAGGGAGAGGUGUGUGUGUGUGUGUGUGUGUGUGUGUGUGUGUGUGUGUGUGUGUGAGAGAGAGAGAGAGAGAGAGCGCUCCCUCCAUUGAAAUGAGCUGAGAUAAUGUUCUAAGUAAAGGAGCUCCAUGCAUACACCAGUAAAGAUUAUUAGGUCACAAUGACAGACUUUUGCAUUUCAUUAUUUAGAAUCUUCUUAAACCUGAAAAUCCUAGCAUACAAUUAAUUCUAGAGAAGUAUAAUUGUCUGUACAAGAAUAAGGCUGUUUACACAAGAAUAAGGCAUCAACAUUUUGACAAUCCAAACAAAUCAACCAUUUAAGUCUGAGACACAAAACACUUUAUUUGGUACUUCCUAUCUGCAUUCCUAAGGAUUUUAGUGGAAUUACAGAAGGAAGCAUUACUUUGUCUCCACAGCAUUUCUGGAAAUACAGCCCUGCCUAAUAAAUAACACAGUGCUUUGCUUUUCUUUUCUUUGUCACCUCUGUGCCUAUCUCUUGAAAGAUUAUGUUCCUUUUGUUUCUGUUACAAUUGCAUUGUUUUGCACUGACCAGGUUAGAUCUUCCAUUUCUUCCAUUAUUUUUCAAGGCUCCAUGCAUGUCCAAAUUUGCAUACCUAACUGUCCAGACCCUCAAAGUGCCACCCACAAUCUAUUCACUUGAGUUGUGGAGUGACUUGAAUACCGGAGCAGAGGUCUCUCCAGCUGUAGUUGUGUGGUCAUGCCAAAGGCAGUCGUGAAAUCUGUACUCUGAGGUAUUUACAGUAGACUCUUUCUCAAGAUGUACCAAACUGAUGAUGAUAAAGCAAAAGUAGACAUGUUGUAAGAAAGAACAAUCAAAAACAGGUUAUGUGCUUCAAAGCUGUUUAAAUCUGCUGCUUGUAUCACCCAUCUUGCCUUUCUCCAGGCUAGCUGCAAUAAUUUUUCCCUUCUGUAAUAUAUUUUGUAAACAAAAAAGGGGCCAGUUCAGAUGAUAUUCCGACUGGCCCUUACAAAUGUAUGAGUGAGGAGUGCAGGCAUAUACAUCUCCCCCCGCUGGUGCAUCAUAAUCUAAUUAUGAGGUGAUGUGGCUUAUCCAAACCACCACCAGUGUGGGGUUUUAAUACCAGAACACCACCACCACUCCCAAGUGAUUAGGCCAGGGGUGGGGAACCUUGGCCCUCCAGCUGUUUUUGAACUACAACUCCCACCAUCCCCAGCCACAGUAAUUGUGAGGUGAUGAUAAUUGUGGCUGGGGAUGAUGGGAGUUGUAGUUCAAAAACCUUGGCCCUUCAGCUGGAGAGCCAAGGUUCCCCACCCCUGGAUUAGGCAAUGGUAGACCAGGUGGGAGGGGAUAAAUGGACACUCACACUCCCCCCCAUAUAUUUGCGAAGGCCACACAGACUAUCAUCUGAAGCACUUCAGAAUCUAUUAUUAAAGAAGGGUGAGGGGGGAGGAAAAACAACAGGCAUUAUGAUCAAGCCAAUCUAAUUUUCAUUCCCAGUAUUUCAUUCUGUCAUUUCACGACAUGCUGCUGUGACAUGAAGUAGGUGCAAAAGAACUUUUUUGUACAGAGAUAUAUUUUUUAUGAAAAAUUUGUAAAAUUAUUAAAUAUGCUGUACUUUUUGAUUAAUGUAGGUAAAUUGUUAAAAAAUGUUUUUACAAUACAAAAUAAAAAAAAUCCUGUAAUUUUUUUCCCAAUACUGUAAAAUGCACCAUCUUUAGCUGAAUUUUCAGUUCUGAACCUAUUACACAUGUAUUAAUAUUAAAGUGGCCUGUUUAAAAUAUACAGUAAUUUUUUGGGCAAAAGAAGUAUAAAAGAUUGUAAUAUAGCCUGUGCAAUGCCACCGAUCUUGAAAGCAAAAUCAAAGUUCUAAUUAAAUAUUUAAUUUUAGAUUUCCA